CUACACACCCAAUCCAACAGAGCCUGGCCUUGAAGCAAUAAAAGCAGCACAGACAGUGGCAUCAGCAACAGCUAAGAGUUGCAUGAUCUCUCUGCUAACUGAAAACAGAACCCGGAUUUGAGUAUAGCACAGAACAAUUCUGCUAUUUUUCCUUCAAAUUUAUUACUGCAGAUUACCAUAUGUAGACAAAUUUUUAUCAGGAAACAAUGCUUAUGGAUCUUUAAUAUUGUGGGACAUUCAUGAGUCCAUUUAUUACUUCAGAAAUCCAUUUGACAUUACCACAACCAGAACGGCAAACAUUUGGAAACUUUUCAUCUGACUUUGGAGCUUUACUGCAACACGCACACAGGAAAGGAAUCAGAAUAAUUUUCUUGGAGACCAGAGACUUUCUCUCAGCUUUCUCCUAGCCAACAUGAACCCACUCAUCUGGACUUUGUGCCUGCUGCUAAUUAGUCUCAUAUCUGCAGGAGGAAAGAGACAACAAGUCCAUGCCGAAAGCAACGCUGAAAUGCACACUGUUGCUCAUAAUCGAUACAGGCGUUCACCUGAUACCAGCAACAAAUGUUCUUACACUUUCUUGGUUCCACAUCAAAGGAUAACAGGUCCUAUCUGUGUAAGUUCAAAGAGUCCAGACACAGAUAACCAUGGGAUAAAUAAAAUAGAUGUGGAAGAGCUGAAGGAGAUUAUGUCCAAACAGAAGAGGCAAAUUGAAAACCUUCAGCUGUUAGUGGAAGUGGAUGGAGGAAUAGUGAAUGAGGUGAAACUACUACGGAAGGAAAGUCGGAAUAUGAACUCACGUGUAACACAGCUUUACAUGCAGCUCCUACAUGAAAUUAUUCGCAAAAGGGACAAUUCGCUGGAAAUCUCUCAGCUGGAAAACAAAAUUCUGAAUUCCACAGCUGAGAUUCUGCGAAUGGCUACCAGAUACAGACAACUGGAACAGAAGUAUGCAGUACUGUCUGCUCUUGUUAAUAAUCAAUCUGUGAUCAUAACUAAACUAGAACAGGAAUGCAUACGUAGUCUUACUCCAAAGGAAUAUGAACCACCACCUCUUGUACAAGUUGUACCACAAUCCAUACCUCGCAGCAGGCAAUACCAGACCAAUUUAUUUGGCAGUAAUGAAAUACAGAGGGAUCAAAAUCCUGCAUUUGCACGGGAACGAGGGCUUCGCUCGAAAGCACCUUCACAUGAACCUUCUCCUACAACUUCUACCAUUACAGAAUCACCAGUUACUGAAGGGUUAGAUGGUCCGUGGAAGGAUUGCUACCAUGUCCAGCAGGCUGGAUAUUCAAACAGUGGCAUGUAUCUAAUCAAACCAGAAGGCACCGAUAAGCUAAUACAAGUUUGGUGUGACCACAGCCAUGACCAGGGAGGCUGGACUGUAAUCCAGCGUAGGGUUGAUGGGGCAGUCAACUUCUUCCGGAACUGGGAGAACUACAAGAGGGGAUUUGGUAACAUUGAUGGAGAACACUGGCUUGGACUGGAGAACAUUUACAGACUAACUGCACAGGGAAACUACAAGUUACAUAUUAAAUUGGAAGACUGGAAUGACAAGAAAGUCUAUGCCGAGUACAAUGCCUUUAGAAUAGAGGAUGAAGACGAUAAUUACAGACUACGAGUUGGAAGCUAUCAAGGGAAUGCAGGAGACUCUUUAAUAUGGCACAAUGGCAAGCAGUUUACAACACUUGACAGAGACAGAGAUUCAUACUCAGGUAACUGUGCGCAUUUCCACAAAGGUGGGUGGUGGUACAAUGCUUGUGCACAUUCUAAUUUGAAUGGAGUUUGGUACCGAGGAGGUCAUUAUCGCAGCAAGUACCAAGAUGGAGUUUACUGGGCUGAAUUUCGAGGGGGCUCCUAUUCUCUGAAAAGUACGGUAAUGAUGAUCAAGCCUGAAUAACGUUCAAGAAGAAAUCGCAUGUUCCCAAUGGGUACAACUACGAAAACAUAGACUCAAAAUGUAGGGUUCUUUCAAAAGCAGAACAUGUGCUUUGUUAAAGAAGCAACUUGUUUAGCAACAUUGAAAAAUCACUUAAUAUUGCUCCUACAUAUAUGGUUUCAUUACCUUUUAAAAUGCUAGAGGAGAAAGCAAGGAUCCACAUGACAUUAUUAUGUGCAUCUGUACUCAAUGCUCACUAGCACUACGUUGAACAACUAGCACCCUAAAGGAAAUACUGCCCUUCUCAUAAAGGAAGGCAUUAGGUAUAUCCUAUGAUUUUAACCAGAUUAUACUAUAACCCAACAAAAUCAGUUAUGACUAAUAUUUGGAUGUAUACUAAUGUAUUUUAUUAUAACAGACAACUUUUUGUUUAAUAAUCUGCUGUUGGACAUAUCAGCUUUAUUAUGGAUAUUUGGAGAAUCCAUAACACUUCAUUUUAACACUGAUAUUAAGCAGUUAGGUUGAAAUAAAUACUUUAAGUCUUUCAUGAAUCAGAGUUUAACUUUAAUAGAAAAAGAAUCCAGAAGUUCCCAGAUUACAAGGAAAAGUCUAAGUCGCAUGAUCAAAAGAGCCUUCAUAUUCUCCCUAAAACUAACAUCUUAAAGCAAGACUAAGUUUAAAUAAUUGUUCGAUCUGAACAGUUAUUCCUAAUACCAAAACAUGCAGUUUUUAGCAAGGAACACCACAUUGCCUCUAAAAGAGCAACAAGUCUGCACUAACAUAAGUCACAUUCUGAUAGCAACAAAAGUGUUGGUUUAAAAUACGAAAACCAUCUACUCCAAGACUGUGUGCUUCUGCUGUGAAAGUACAUCUAUACAGGUCAGAAACGUCUGGUAGAAAAAUGCUGGUGUAACUCUCAUGAAGUGUAAAUCUGGAGUAAACAUGGCCCCAAACAUAUUUUUGUCAAAUGCUUUAAAUCCUGAUCAAAAAAGCAACUUUCAAUUUAAAAAAAGUAAAAUUCAUCCUUAAAUCUCCUUUCCUUAAAAAGGUUAUCAUAUUAUGCAUGCACAAAGUAAUGUAGAUUUAUGCAAAUCAAGCAAGUUUCACAAAAAUGUAGCUUGAAUAUGUAUUGAAAAGAUGACUGCAGCAGUGGGUUUCUUUAUGAACUUGAGAACAUAAAAAGAAAAACAAGAAUGAAAAUAUUCUGAAUGACCUUAAUGCCUAUUAUUUUGUGAAUGUGGCAAAUGAAUUCAAAUUGUAUCACUGUUUUUAAGAGAUGUUUCUCUUCUUAUUUUAUGUGUUAAAUUGACUUUCCAUUGAUUAAUUAAGCUCAUCUCAACAGGUAUAAAGUUAAAAGUUGCAUUCUGGUUUUAUCUUCGGUAUGCUGUCACAUAUCCUUUAUUCAUUCACGGAAUGAGGGCUAGGGAGCAUUUAUUGUCUAUCCCUAAUUGCCCACAGGGCAGUCUAAGA